AUGUGUUGGGCAGUUAUUAUUUUCCAAUUAUUAAGUGUAAUGAAUUUUCAUUCAGUAAUAUCAUAUCAAAUCAAUGAGUUGUUGGUAAACACUUCCAAUCCAAAUCGAUUGAAACGUGCAAUGGAAUACAACAGUAUUGCAGAAUUAGAUAAUCCUCUCACAUCGAAUAUCAUGAAUAUUUUCUUUCGGAUUCGUGCUGAUAGAAAAGGUUUAAUCACAUGUGAAGUAAACUCCAAAGAGGUUGAUUCUUUCAUUAGUACUAAUCAUACUUUCAAUCAAACUCAAUCCAAUAAUGAGUCAAUUAUUGAAAAUAAGCCUACAAGUACGCUUUAUUUAAUAUGCCCACAACUUUCAACAUCCAUUUGUUAUAUGGACUGUAGUCCAAAUUGUGUAUUAAAUGAAAAUGGCUGUACAAUACCGCCUAGUAUUGCACAAGUUAUUGAAGGAUGUCAAUUUAAACGAAUCAAUGCAAGUACAUUCCAAUAUCAAUAUGUAAUCAAUAUGGAAGAACUUGAUCAUACAGGCCUAUGGAAUUGUGAAUAUCGUGGUCAACGAGCAGUUAGAUCUUUAGAAUUACAGGCUGCAGAAACUCCGUCAAGAAUCGCAAACAGUGUUAGUAAUCAUAUCCAUGGAAACCAUACAAACAGUAAUAUUGAUUCUAAACUUGCUAAAGGCACAUUCGAAGAAAAUGUAACCGGUACCGUAAACACCAAAAAGCAAUCUAAAGCCAACAAAAUCAAUCCAAAGAAAAGCAAAUCGACUGAAAAUCGGCCAAUGGAUAAAGCUAACAUGGGCACAAUUCAUCAAGAUAAUUUGACAAAUUUAAAUGAAGAAUUAAAAAAUGACACAUUGAAUAAGAAACAUUUUCAUUUGAUGCAGAAAAAAGAAAAUCAACUUUUAUUCGAUUUCAAAUUGACUCGACCUGAAUUGGUACUCAGUUUAAUUGGGAUAUUGGCUGUUUCAUUGAUCAUGAAUAUUAUUUUAAUAGUUCGAUGUAUUUUAUUGAAAAGUUAUCUAGAUAAUACAAAACAUGGAAAAAUAAGCUCACAUUUAAAGUGUUUACUAUGUUUACAAUCGAAAUCCAAUCACAUUGUCUCAACCUCGAUGAAUAAAUCAUUUCAACAAUCAAAUCAUCAACCAGUACUGAUGACUUCUUCGCAUGUUGGACAAUUAUUUGAGCCAAAUACCACUUUUAUGAAUUAUUCUACACAGAUUGAUGAUAGUCUGACAGAAUCCGUGCUACUUUAUAGCAAUAAACCAGAAAAUUGUACACAUAAUGGAAAUCAUCAUUUAUUAACUGUUAAUUGUAGUAAUAGUAUUGUUUUACCAAAUCAACCAAAUCAAACAACUACUUUAUCCACACAAGCAACUAAUGUUUCCUAUGUAUCAACAACUCCAACUUUUCAACAUCAGCUAGUUAAUAGUGCUUCUACUAUUCAUCCACAUGACUUAUUAAGAUUUCGUGGAUGGAAUGGUCAAACUAGUUCUGGAUUCUCUUUGGAAUCAGAUCCAACCUCGACGAAACGAACAAAUUUGUUUCAUUCACAAUCAGUUAAUUAUUCGAAACAAUCAAAUCAUCAUCCUCUACUGUCUGAAUGUUGUUUUCAAAAUGGGAGUAUCAAUGUUCCUGGUCAAAAUGGUAGUUUGAAUGGAUCAUUAUUAUACUCGAAUGAUUCAACAAGUUUGACAGAUACUACCAAUGGAAAUGGAGUAAUUAUUCCCAAUCAUGUUAUUGUAUCACAGAAUCCUUAUUCAGCUUAUCGAAUGCAAUAUAUUUGUGCAGGUGAACAGUCUGAUAAAUCAACAAGGAAAUUUGAUUUGCAACAGCAAUCGAAACUGCAUCAAAAAUUUAUCUCUACAAAUGAUCAUGCAAACAGCAUGUAUCAACGUAUUCCUUCAGAAUUUGCUAGUCAAUUGGAAUCUCGACCUCGUAUCAACACUGAACAGUCAAAUUCUGAUGAUAUUGAAAAUGAUGAAACUUGUAAUUUAAUUACUGAGAAACCUAUGAAUCAGGAUUUACAUAAUUAUGCAUUUAGAAAUAGUUCGACCAUUGACUCUCUAUCACAUGGCACUAACAAUUCAACAAAUCAAUUGGAGGCUAGUUUAACACUACACCCAAAUGCAUUACCUUCAUGUCUUACACCUUUAGUGGUUCGUUUCCCAUCUGGUGAGUCUGGUUUUUUAUUUUGUCCAACACGUGCAACUAGUGAAAAUUAUCAAUCUGAAAGUUUAUCUCGUCAGUCAAAUCGUUUAUCAAUGACCACUAAUCAUACUUUCAAGCCGAUAAGUAAAGACAAGAGAGAAAAUAAUCAAAUGUUAAGUUCAGAUAUAAAAAUGAAUUCGGACUGUUUUCAAACAAACUUAGAACUAGUUAAAUUUGACAAUUUAACUAAAUCAAGUCGAACAUCACAUGAUUCUGAGAAUAGUUCAAAUGUUCUAUUUCAACUUGACAAAUCACAACAUUCAUUUCCUCGGAAUAAUAAUGAGUUCAUUUCAACUCAUAUAGUUGAAAACUAUCAAAACCAUGAAGAAUUCAAAAAUACCACAAUAAAUAACUCAGAUUUUUCAUCUGUUCAUUGUGAACCAUUGUCAAAAUCUUCAUUUAAUUACUGUAUGAAUAACACAGGCGCUGGGGAUAUGGAAAUGGACAAAGUACAAACACCGCUUCGUCAAAGUAUACCACAAAACUGUGAAUUCACUCAGUUUAAGGAUAGUUCUAAUGACGCAUUAUUACACAAAGAGAAUGUUGUUCAGGAAUUAAAUAUCAAUUCUACCAUUUAUCCGGUCCGUUAAUCCAUCAUAUCUAGUGUACAUUGUAUAUUCUCUGAUUAUUAAUUCAGUAAUUGACAUGUAACUUUAAUUAUUAUUAUUAUUAUUGUUAUUAUUAUUAUU